AAGAGGACGCUCACUUCCGGCGGAGGGAGGCUUUCUGACCCGGAAUGGAGGAGGCGGAGGAGCUGCUGUUGGAGGGGAGCGCAUUGCAGUUCGCCCCCGAGCCACGCCUGGGCCCGGACUUAGGAUGGAGCUCUUCCGAAGAAGGCUGUGCUCAGGGCCUCAAAGACUGCCCGCCCGGGCCGACCCGAGCGAUCCUCGCUUUAAAGAGCCUCCCCCGGGGCUUGGCCCUUGGCCCCUCCCUCGCCAAGGAACAGCGCUUGGGGGUCUGGUGCGUCGGGGAGGCCCUGAAGCCUGGACUACUCUGGGGGCCACUGGAAGAGAAGUCUGUGUCUGAGGAGAAGGGUGAAGGAGUGAAGCCACGGCAGGAUGAGGACCUGUCAUUAGACCCAUGGAAAGAUAUGUGUGCCUGUGAACAGAGUUCAGGCUGGACCAGUUUGGUGCAACGGGGCAGGCUGGAAAGUGAGGGAAAUGUGGCCCCACUGCGGAUCAGCAAGAGGCUCCAUCUGCAGGUGUAUCGGGCCGUGCUGCCAGGCUUUGAGCUGCUACUAUGGCCCCAGCCUCCCUCUGAGGUCCUGAGCCACACCCAGUCCCAGCUAGUGGAAGAGGCAGCUGUGGCCGUGGUGACAGAAGUGGAGUCUGCUGUACAGCAAGAGGUGGCCUCCCCAGGGGAGGAUGUAGCAGAACCUUGCACAGAUCCUAAUCACCAGUCACCUCCCAGCAUCCAGGCAGAGAGUAUGGUGAGCCCUGGACUGAAGUCCCAAACUCGGGGCCAACUUUCCAAGGAUAGCCAACCACUUGACCCAUUGCUUCAGAAUGACAGCAUGGAUGAGGAAUACCCACUCCAGGCACAGAUGCCACCUGAACCUCAGAGCAGCUCAGCUACCCAGCAGAGCCCAGAGAGUAGUGAAGCCAAUCUCUCAUCUUUUGCCCGGGACACCCAGCUGCAUGCCUACCUGGCCAAGAAGUUACGUAGCCCCAGUGAUCAAUGCCCAUCCAGAGCAAAAACCUCAGAGCCUGGGGCGCAGCACCCUGGCUUCCCUGUACUCUUGCAGAGUCCUCCUGACCCAGCAGGAAGCUCCCCAAAGCAGGGGCGACGGUACCGGUGUGGAGAGUGUGGCAAGGCAUUCCUGCAGCUCUGUCACCUAAAGAAGCAUGCAUUCGUGCACACAGGCCACAAGCCCUUUCUUUGCACGGAGUGUGGCAAGAGCUAUAGCUCAGAGGAAAGCUUCAAAGCCCACAUGCUGGGCCACCGUGGGGUGCGGCCCUUCCCCUGCCCACAAUGUGACAAGGCCUAUGGCACCCGACGAGACCUCAAAGAACACCAGGUGGUACAUUCAGGUGCCCGGCCCUUUGCUUGUGACCAGUGUGGUAAGGCCUUUGCUCGCCGGCCUUCCCUGCGGCUCCAUCGCAAGACUCACCAGGUGCCGGCUGCCCCUGCCCCAUGCCCAUGCCCCGUAUGUGGGCGGCCCCUGGCCAACCAGGGCUCCCUGCGCAACCACAUGCGGCUUCAUACAGGAGAAAAGCCCUUCUUGUGCCCACACUGUGGCCGGGCAUUCCGCCAGCGGGGCAACCUACGUGGGCACUUGCGGCUACACACUGGGGAGCGUCCUUACCGCUGCCCGCACUGUGCCGAUGCCUUCCCCCAGCUGCCUGAACUACGGCGGCAUCUCAUCUCCCACACCGGGGAGGCCCACUUGUGCCCCGUGUGUGGGAAGGCCCUCCGAGACCCACAUACACUCCGUGCUCACGAACGCCUGCACUCCGGAGAAAGGCCUUUCCCUUGCCCCCAGUGUGGCCGUGCUUACACGCUGGCUACCAAGCUACGGCGCCACCUCAAAUCCCACCUAGCUGACAAGCCAUACCGCUGUCCCACCUGUGGCAUGGGCUACACCCUCCCCCAGAGCCUCAAGCGACACCAGCUCAGUCACCAGUCUGAGGCGCCCUCCAGUCCACCCUCUGUGCCUCCUGCUGCUUCUGAACCCACCGUCGUGCUACUGCAGACUGAGCCAGAACUGCUGGACACAUGCACUGAACGGGAAGUCUCCCCAGCCAGGGAUGUCGUAGAGGUCACCAUUUCAGAGAGCCAGAAGUGCUUUGCUGAGCCUGGGGAGCCAGGCGCCACCCCCAGCCUGGUGUUAAUCCAUAAGGACAUGGGCUUUAGCGCCUGGGCAGAAGUGGUGGAGGUGGAGACAGGGGUGCAUGUGCCGCUCUGCUCAUUCCAGCCAUCUUCCUCCUGCGCGUUCUGGACGCUGCGGUUCUCCCGUUCUGGACACUGCGGUCCUCCCGUUCUGGACGCUGCGGUCCUCGGCUGGUCUGGGGUGGUCUUCUGUGUCCCUGAAGUUUCUUUACCAGAAAUGGGGGGACCUCCUUGUAGCUGUGAGAUAACCGCAAAGGCUCACACCACCUGUUUGUCCGGAGAAGACAAGGUAAGUGAUGCUCCACCACAGAUCAUGCUCCACCACAGAUCAUGCCCAAAGACCCAGAGUCUGCGCACAAGGCUGAACGAAUGACCAGUAUUAAUCCCUAGCUCAUUAUAAUACUAAGACCCCUGCCCCAGGAGGGACUUCCCCGCCAUUUUCUGAUCAUGGGAUAUAUGUACUAGCAUGAUUUCUCACUGCACUUGUGAGCCCUGCACUCCACCCCAAACAUGAAAUGAUACUCACAUCCCUCAUGCAUUAUUCAUUUUGCCUCCAAAAAAUCCCCCUGACCCUGUUGGUUGGAGAGGCAGAUUUGAGACAGUUCAUACCGCCUCCUCCCAGCAGACACGUCUUCUGCAAUAGAUCCUUCCUUCCUUGACAAUCCUUGUUGUCUCAGUAAGUGGCUUUCCAUGUGGUAGCACUGAGGCCCCCAGGUGGGUUCGUUAACAAUGCCUCUUCAGCAGAUGAAGUUGGUGGUCUCCUUCUGCAUUGUAGCACUCCCGGUUUGAGUUUACAGAAGUUUCUAUAGGACCUAGUUUACAGGGACAGUGCGUUGCACCAGGGAGAUUGGGAUGAGGGUGUGGUUUUCUUGGGAAUAAAGUAGGUGUUACAGAGUUUGAAGGAGAACACCUUGAUAAUAAGAAUCCCACCUGAAAGAACACCUCUUUGGCCUGAGCCCUCUCACUAGCACUUCAGAGCAAAGGUGAAAGGGUCACAGAAAGGUGAGAUCCUAGCUUUGCAUGGCCUAAGCCAUCAUUGAUCCUACUCCCUAGAAUGCACAACAUUUGGUUGAUAAUCCCUUAUUCUGUAGCUGUCAAAGACUGAGUGCCAUUGGAUGGUUAGGAUGACUUUCAGCAGGGAGAGGUGAGUUUAGCUGAGAAGGGUAGUCCGGCGCCUAGAGAGCAUUACUUAUUGGAGGGGGCUUGAAUGGGGUGUCUGGGAUGGAGGAAUGACCUCUCAUGGCUGAGAUGAUCUGUCUACAGUGCUCUCUAAACACAGUCCUGUUCCUCCUCACUGUGUCCAGUUUCUGAGCUCUCUCAAACCUUGUCUAUUACCAAAUUUGGCAUCUACAAAUAUACUGAUGCUCUGUCUUUCCUGAGAGUUCUUUCUGGCAGUUCAGGAAGGGUUUGCCAAGAUAUUUCUACCUUAUAAGGAAGUUGACAAAAUUGAAUUUGAGGAGCUAUGACUUGCCCAGGGUCACAUGAUUUGUAGCUGUUCGGCAACCUGACUUUUUGGCUAGUGUUAUCCAUUUUGUCAUUUAAGUCAAAACAAGUGUUCAUUUACUUUUGAGAUUAAUUUUGUGACAGUAAAGUCAACUUAGAAUAGAGUUCGAUCGGAGAGCGGACCCCAGAGUGCCCUGUGCAGCCCCACCGCCAGCCUAGUUACCAUCACACAUCGGGAGGAGCUGCACCUGCCGCAGUGGCCCCAGCCACCAUCACCGCAACUAUAACAGCGAGGCGGAGACCCAGCAGCCGCCCCCGCCCUCAGCGCUGCCCACACCAAGCCCGGCACCAGGGGCAGCGGCGCAGGGAGCGGUGGCCCCGGCCUGCUGGCGGGGACAAGAAGGUCAUCCCAACGAAGGUUUUGGGGACAGUAAGAUGGUUCAAUGUAAGAAAUGA